UACUGAAAGUGUACAGGGGGGAUGGAAGUAUUGGGAAACCACUGUCAGUCAGCUGAUUUUGGGUUGUGGUGGUGUCUCUAACACAUCUAGAGGAAAUUGCUCAGCUGUGCAUACUCUCAGCUCCAGACACCAUCAAGUCAACAGCAGUGGAAGGUCUGUGCUGCAGAAAUCUCUAAAACAGGAAAAUGGAUUUUGCAGAAGAUUACCCAGAUUACUCAAACUACUCUUAUAAUUAUGACAAUUUCACUCCAUAUGAGCAGCCAGUUUUUCAGCACCAAUCGACAUGUUUCAAGGAAGUCUUGUGUGUGUUUUUGCUGGUGGUCAGUGUGAUCAUUUUUCUGCUGGGCUUUUGUGGGAACGCGCUGGUCAUCUGGAUCUCUGGCUUCAAGAUGAAGAAGACGGUCAACACUACCUGGUACCUGAGCCUUGCCGUGUCCGACUUCGUCUUCUGCGCCUUCCUCCCAUUCAGCAUCACCAACAUGGUGAUGGAGGAGUGGAUCUUUGGCCUCUUCAUGUGCAAGUUCACCUCCUCAGUCAUGUUCCUCAACAUGUUCAGUAGCAUCUUCCUCCUGGUCAUCAUCAGCAUUGACCGCUGCAUCUCUGUCAUGUUUCCAGUUUGGGCCCAGAACCAGCGCACUGUCAGAAAGGCAUCCAUUGUUGUUGUAAUAGCCUGGAUCCUCGCUAUUGGCCUGAGCAUCCCCUCUAUGAUCUUUAGGGAUGUUAAAACUCACAUGGGUAGGACUUUUUGCUUCAACAAUUACACACUGCACCAACACAGCCACAUGAUAGUUGCAUUGAGCCGCUUCUUUGCAGGGUUCGUUGCACCUUUCAUCAUCAUCAUCAUUUGCUACUCAAUCAUCAUCCUCAAGCUUCGCACCAACCGGAUGACCAAGUCUUCCAAACCCUUCAAGGUGAUGACCGCAUUGGUCGCAGCUUUCUUUGUCUGCUGGCUGCCCUACCACGUGUUCGUCCUACUUGAGCUGAACCCCCAUAACCACAGUAUAUUAAUCAUGGGACUCAAAGUGGGCACUUCUAUGGCGGCGGCAAACAGCUUCCUCAACCCGGUGUUGUACGUUUUCAUGGGCAAUGACUUCAAGCAGAAGUUCAGGAGCUCUAUGCUCUCAAAGAUGGAGAACGCGUUGGGAGAGGAAGGUCGCACCACCAGUCGAUACCUGUCCAGGUCCAGCUCUAUGGACGGCAGAGCCUCCACACACAUCUAGAGGUAUCAGAGACCUUACUCCAAAAUGGUUUUAAAUACGCAAGUAAUUAACAGAAGAUGUAAAAACAUAUCUAAUGAGAACACACUCUGUAAAUGAGCAUUUUUGUUGCUUUUUUUUGUCUUGGCACGAUACAGAGAUCUGCUUCCAAAUUAAGCUCACAAACUCAUAAUGUAGCUUGAGCCAAUAUGUAAACAUGUACUUAGCUCAUGUUCCACUACAGAGUGGGUGGAAUCAGUCUCAUCCAGCAGAGCAAGUGUUUUCAGAGCAGUAUUUGUUUAAAGUGUUGCAGGCAAGUUUUAACAGCAGCACAUAGAGGAAUUUUAUUUGUAAAAUAAAAGGACUGUAAAAUAUGAGGUAAUGCAGACUGGUGACAAAUUAAAAACCAACCUAAUGUGCCUUGGAAUUGACUCUCCAAGUCUCCCAAGUAUUUCCUCAUUUGGUGUUUUGAUGAUGGUGGUCAAUGAGUCUAAAACCUGAUUGAGAUCUGGUGACUGCCAAGGCCAUAGUGUAUAAAUUGCACAAACCAUUCAGUGACCUCUCCUGCCCUAUGGAGGCAUUGUUAUCUAUUUUCUCCACUUUUCCAGAGUUUUUCUUUAAUUUAUCAUUCAGCUGAAUCUUCUGAGGCUUGACACAUAAAAAUGUGUUACCAUUAUUUUGCUCAUUUGAUAUAUAAUUAAUUGUUGUGAAGUUUUCAUUUGAUUGAUCUCUGAAUUAAAAAGGUAGGCACAAGGCUGAACUGACUAUAACAGCUGCUUAAGCAAACAAGCAGAGAGCUGAUGACUGGUAUUUCUUUUUCAAAUGAAGCCUCAACUCACUCUCCACCUGAAGAGUGAGAUGUUCUGUGGUUUUCUUUACUGACACCACAGCACUCAACUAUUUCUGUGUUGCAACAUUUUUGCAAGUUAUAUUUGACUGACCCAAAUACAAUGUGCAAAUGGGUGUAGGUCUGUUGUUGAUAUGUAAAGUGUAAUUAGUUCUCAAAGUAGUAAGUACUCCACUGUUAUUCACACUGUAAAUUCUUUUGGACAGGAGUUUCUCAUGUGAGACGAAUGUAUCUUUCUAAUGACGAAGUAUAGCAGUCAUGAAAUCAUGAUUCAGUUCAAGUAACACACAACAAGCUGUUGUUUUGAGUUGACAAAAUCAGGUAUAUGAGAACUGUAUAGUGAAUGUGAUUUGUCCAAUAAAUGUUUGAAUGAAGUAA